CAAUGGGAGGGAGGAACCAGACGCAAGUGAUGGAGUUCGUCUUCCUGGGUUUCUCCGGCAUUCCCAACAGGCACAUCUACCUCUUCCUGCCAUUCCUAGCCAUUUACUUGGUCACCGUGCUGGGGAACCUCAUGAUAUUUACUCUGAUUCAACUGGAUUCCAGCCUCCGGACCCCCAUGUAUUACUUCCUCAGCCAUCUCUCCAGCUUAGAUAUUUGCCUUUCCUCUGUCACAAUCCCUAAGAUCCUGGUGAACUUCUUGCGCCAGCGACAGACCAUCUCCUACAACCAGUGCAUGGCACAGUUGUUCUUCCUGGCCUCUUUCACGGCGACAGAGGCUGCAUUGCUGGCCGUCAUGGCCUGUGACCGCUAUGCUGCCAUCUGUAAACCUCUGCAUUACUCUCGCCUCAUGAGCCCCAAGGUGUGUGCCAUCCUAGCAUUUGCCACCUGGGUCUGGGGCUUCCUAGACUCCGCUCUCCAUACAGCACUCAUUACCACGUUGUCCUUUUGUGGAGCCAACCAGAUUCCUCACAUCUUCUGCGAUGCCCCCCCACUCCUGAAAAUUGCUUGUAGUGAUACACGCAUCAAUGAAAUAGCAAUUCGCACAGCGAGCAACGUUAUGGGUGGGGGACCCUUCCUCUUCAUUAUUUUCUCCUACUCCUUUAUUUUGUCCUCCGUCCUGAAGAUCCGCUCCGCCAGCGGCAAGCACAAAGCUUUUUCCACCUGCACUUCUCACCUGAUCAUCGUUGUCCUUUACUACGGAAAUGGACUAAUUAAUUACAACCGUUCCAGCGCGGGUGACUCCCCAGAGACUGCUGCUCUGGUCUCCAUCAUGUUUUGCAUGGUCUCCCCCAUGCUAAACCCCCUCAUCUACAGCCUUCGCAACAAGGAGGUGAAAGGGGCCCUGAAGAAGGUUGUGGGAACUCAGAGGAAGCCUCUGUGUUUUCAUAACAAUGCAAGUUGGAGCAAGUGA